UACCGGCGCGAAGCAGAAUCGUUCUUCUUUGCUAACAGUCGCAGCACCGUUUUCCGCAGAAACGCUGUAUUCCUCUCUGCCAUCUUUGCGGGCGCCUUCGCCUUCGAAAUUGGAUUUGACGCUGCUACGGACCGGUUAUGGGACAGCUGGAACAAAGGGCGGCAAUGGAAAGAUAUCAAGCAAAAAUACAUCUCUGCUGGUGAAGACGAGGACGAGUGA